UUGCAGAGCCGGAAGUUAAGAGGUCGAGCAAUGUUCUGCCCAGCGUGUAGGUUGAUCCUGUUAGCUGUCUGCCUGCUGUCGACAGGUUUAAGUGAGGAUCGUUUAACAUUCGCAGCGGCAUUGCCUAGUGUCAAUUCCAUUCAAAAGUAUGGACAACAUGUGUGCAAUGCUGUUGAGAUUGCGAGUGAAUUGUUCGUUACAUCUGCUGCUUGUUUAGUCUCAAGUAAGCCAUCGGAAUUGCAGUUGACCAGUACAAAAGACUCUCGAAUGGUUCCUCCAAAGACACAGUGUGAUGUAACUAGUUAUGAGCUACAUCCGAAGUACACUUUUCUGAGUCACAAUAUAGGACUAAUGGAAGUGAAGUGUGGAGGCAUUCAUCGAUCGUCGACACGAAAUACCUUAAUGAGUGAUGUGAAAAAUGUAGAUUAUCUAGCACUUGUAGGAGUUGAUAAGUCUCUACAGAAAGUGAACGUUCGCAUGAAGCUGCAAAAGUGCAGGGUAUGUCAAAAAGAAUACGCAGUGUUUGAUUGUGGGCGACAGAUAUGUCUCAAGCCAGUAGGAAAAGACAUCGAAAAGUUGCAAACAAUUGAGGGUCUUCCAGGGGCCGCUAUAUUCAACGAGAACAGUGAGCUGGUGGGCAUUUUGUCUUAUGGAUUCGCCACUGGUAGCUUUGUCGCAGAAAGCAUACGUUACUAUAAACUGUUUCUGGAGAAGACGAGGCAAUCCUUCUACACCGAUAACAGUGUUGUAGAUCAGGGGUCGGCAACCAUUUCAAUAUAAGGAACCGCGCAGCUAUAGUAAAAUUGUAAGAUGAGGGCAAGAAAAACGAUAGUGCAGUAGGCAACAGUUGUUAAAUUUGAGUUUGAAGCUAUCCGUAAUUUGUAUCAUAACGGUAGAUAAAAUGACCUUCGAUGAACAUAAAAUUAUGAUUGUAAGCAUUCUAGUGUUGGUUCCUAGGGGUGUUGGAUAAUCUGGAGUGGAAUCAUCGAUGUACUCCGACUCUGGAUCUGAAAAACUGAAGACGGUUCUGGGCCAAAACCGGAUUAAACUCCACAACUCCAACCGAGUCCGAUCGAGUCCAGAUCUGGACCUCCCCUCUAUCCCCGCUCGUAAAAUCAGAAGUAACUCCGAAUCUAACUCCGAGCCUGCCUGGACUCGGAUCAAUCCGACUUCGGGGAAAAAAUGAAAUCUAUCCAUCAAUAGUUCCUCACUAGUAAGUUCGUUCAAUUAAUGUUUCGGUACGGUUUUUGUCAAAACUUUAUUUCUCUCUAUCUCUCAUGCUCAAUAUCAAAGAUAUUAAUAUUCAUAAAAAACGUCACACUUGUUGGAAUACCAGGAAUACCAUUCAACAGAUAUGAAUAAAAUAAGCUAAAAGUGA